GGAGCUGGUGCCCAUAUAGCCACGCCACCAGGCCUUGACGACAUCCACUUCACCCCCAGAACCUCUGAGGCAGACAGUUGUGCCAUGUCUGUGACCAGGGGGAAGACGGUCCCAUCCCUGACCCAGGAGAUCCUCGGCAAUCUGAGCCAUGCCAACAAGACUGCAGCUUGGGGGACCUUGGGCACCCUCAGGACCUUCUUGAGCUUCAGUGUGGAUAAGGAUGUGCAGAGGCUGCUGAGGGCUAUCGCAGGCCAAGGUGUGGACCACAGCACCAUUGUGGAUGUGCUGACCAAUCGGAGCAGAGGGCAAAGGCAGCUCAUCUCUCGAGCCUUCCGGGAGCGCACCCAACAGGACCUGUUGAAGUCCCUGCAGGCAGCACUCUCUGGCAACCUCGAGAGGACUGUAGUAGCUCUGCUACAGCCUGCAGCCCAGUUCGAUGCCCAGGAAUUGAGGGCAGCUUUGAAGGGCUCAGUUUCUGCUGAGGAUGUGGCCGUGGAAAUUCUUGCCACCCGAACCCCACCCCAGCUGCAGGAGUGCCUGGCAGUCUACAAACAUGAUUUCCAGGUGGAGGCUGAGAAGAACAUCAAAUGUGAAACCAGUGGCAUCUUGCAGGACCUGCUUUUGGCCUUGGCCAAGGGGCACCGUGAGAGCUACUCUGGAAUCAUUGACUACAACUUGGCAGAACAGGAUGUCCAGGCAUUACAGGGGGCUGAAGAACCCAACACAGAAGGGAUGUGGGUCCUAAUCUUCACCCAGCGAAGUCCUGAACACCUCAUCCGAGUGUUUGAUCAAUACCAGAGGUACACUGGGCAAGAGUUGGAGGAGGCUGUCCGGAACCGUUUCAAUGGAGAGGCCCAGGCAGCUCUCCUCAGCCUAGCCUCAGUGAUCAGGAACACACCGCUGUAUUUUGCUGACAAACUUCACCAAGCCCUUCAGGAAACUGAGCCCAGUUACCACGUUCUGAUGCGCAUCCUCGUUUCCCGAAGCGAGACUGACCUCCUAAGCAUCCGAGCCGAGUUCAAGAAGAAAUUUGGGAAGUCCCUCUACUCUUCUCUCCAGGAUGCAGUGAAAGGGGAUUGCCAGUCAGCCCUACUAGCCCUGUGCAGGGCUGAAGACAUUUGAGACCUCCCUGCCCCCAACCCCCCACAUGGCAUUUCAAGGAUCUGAGAAUCCCAAGUUUGGCUGAGCCUGCAGGAGACCAGCUGGGCCUCCAAACAAGUCAACCCUUCCCUGAGCACCACAGGCUCCAGCUUCUUGUUGGAGCUGGAACUCCCAAUUUUUUUUUUUAAAUCCCCUAAUCCUUCAUCCCAAAGUGAUGUCUGCACCUGGGUCCUCUAGCUCUGUCUUGGAUAACGGGUAUGGGAUCUCUUUGAUGGUUUCUGCCCUACUCAUUUUUCUUCUCAUACCCUUUUGGACUAGAACAUCUCACUGGAACUUUAAUUCUUUUGGCAAACCUCACUAUGGCUUGUGUUCCUGACUGAAGUUUGGGUGGAGCAGGACAUGGGCUGGGAGGGGCCUUAGAGCAGGAGGUGCCUUUGUUGUGCACUUGGAUAUUGAACAAGAAUCUUGUUUUUGGCUCUGAUGUGCUCCAGUUAGCAGUACUACUCCCGUUUUCCCCCUCCCCAACCUCAUUAUUCUCUCUUCCCCAGGAAAUUUCAGGCAAAAUAAUUUUCAAGCAGGCACCAGGAAGAGGUCAAAAAUGAAGAAAAUGGCUAGGAUGAGAGGGAGGUCAGAGGUGGCAAAGGACCAUCUGUAUGACCAGGGAAGCAAGCGGAAGGUCAAACUGCUCUGCCAGCCUGAGAAGUCUUGGGUUAGUAGGCAGUACAACUCCCAAAUCCAUCUGUCCAAAGCAGGGACUUGGAAACCCACCCCCAACAUUAGAGCCCUGUUUUCCAUAGAAGACCUAUUAAAAUCAGAUAAACAAAAACAAAAGAAAAAAGGCCUGUGGUGGCUCCCCCUCCUGGUACUAUUAGAAAUGACAGGCAUCCCCUUAGACCUCUUUUUGCAUUCCUCAAACACUUAACCCCACUCCUGCAGGGUAAGGCAAACAACAGAUCUCAGGAAAGAAGUUUUAUUUCCAAACCCCUAGGAAGGCAUUACAAAUAACAGAGCUAGAAACCCAAAUCAAACCCUGAAACAAAUGGAGACAAGCCUGCUGGAGAGCCAGGAGGACCCAACUGGUCAGGGAUGGUAAGUAAGAGAGAUGCAUUCUGGACAGGGACCUCACCCUUGAGCCCAAGUUGGAAUAUUAGUGUGACUUUCUGGGGAAAGAGAGUUGGGGAUCAGAAAUCCUCAUCUCAGCAACCCCAAGGUUGCCCUGGAUGAUUGAGAGAAAGAAAAAGCAGCAGCACAUGAGGGCAAGGACCUUACCAAGUCUGACCUUGGCAUUUACUGCCUGCUCGGAUCCCCAACAGUCCACAGUUAAGUUUCCCUGCAUAUCUCAGGGGUGGAGGUGGGUGAGCAAACCAAACAGCCACAGUGAUAACCUCUGGAAGAAGGGACAGGUCAGCCUGGUAUUGGGGCAGAGCUAUAGGAGAACACAGUCUGACUCCUGCUUCGGCCUCUGCCGACGCUCCCCGGCUGGGCGUCCAGAUGUGGCUCCUCUCCCCUGUAUCAGAUUUAACAAUUGUUUAAUCACCCAUCAACCCUGGAGGAGCACAGGGACAG